GAACACAUGUGAGAAUAAUUGCGCCAUCAGAGGACGAGGCUGUCUUUGUUAACAGGAGGAAUUUCCACAGCAUCAAUGUGCAAAUAGUGUUCAAUGCGGCCUGUAAGAUUUUGGACAUUGUGGCGAAAUGGCCAGGCUCCACACAUCAUGCGAGAAUGCUCUCCGAGAGUGGCAUCAGACAGCUUUUUGAGAGACGCUAUGUGCCAGCUAAUUGCCACUUGUUAGGGGACAGUGGCUACCCAUGCAAACCAUGGCUCCUUACACCUUACCUCCAGCCACGCCAAGGGCCCCAACUAAACUAUAACAGGGCCCACAAGACAACAAGAGCGGUGGUGGAGCGUGGCAUAGGCCAGCUUAAGAGGCGCUUUCAUGUUCUCCACGGAGAGGUGCGGCUGAGGCCUGAAAAAGUCAGCAAAGUCAUCAUAGCCUGUGCAAUAUUACACAAUAUUUGCAAGGUUAGACAGAUUGCAGAACCUCUGGAGGAUGAGGAUGAAGACAACGAUGAGGAUGGUGGUGAAGAAGAUAUUUACAUUCCACAGGGGAACCUAGCCCAGAGUGGACUGCCUUACAGGGCAAACUUCACAAAUUUACAUUUCAGGCAAGCUGUAGCCCCAUGUCUUUUGAGAACUUGUGAUGGUAUUAGACUUGUAGUCAAGACCGCCUAA